AUGAGAUCCAUUGCCUUUGAUACCCUCCCUUGCAACCAGUCACUAAUUGUGCCGGGCUUUCUCUCAUGCAGUGCACCCCCCAACAAUCGGCCGUCCCUCAUUUCUCGCACCAUCACAACAGAUUAUGCCGCGGGAAUCUGCAGUCGCCUCUUCCCAGGCGACAAGGGAUACAAAUACGGUCUUGCUAAUGGCCGUACCACCGAGACGAGAAUUGGAUCAGUGGGGAACGAGAGGUGUAUCCAGCAAAUUUUGGCCGGGUGGUCCCCUUCAGUCAACCGAGGAGGUGCCCGUAUUCGUCAUUCCUGGUGGGCAUCACUGCUCAGAUACGUCUUGAGCCAGAGCAUGAAUCCAGGGGUGAAGGCGGUACAGGAGGCAGAGAUCGCCUAUGUUAAGAAGUGGGUAGCUGAGUUUUAUGAGCAGAAGAGCUGCACCUAA